GUCUCUAGGGUUGCUUGCUCUAAGGCAAGGCAUGAAGCUAAGAAGUGUUUGGGAAGAUCAAGAUAGGUACUCAGUCUAGAAAAUAGAAGUUACAUCAGAGUCCAGAGUUAUCAUAAAGUUCCACUAAAGCUGUGAUGCCAAACCCAUCUCAGCUCAUGGGAGCUUCAUCCCUGAGCCUAGCCAAGAAGAAAAGAUCAAAAGCUGUAAAAGCCAAAGCUCUGAAAAGCCAUGAACUGGACUCUAGCCCCAAAGCAAAGUACCGGCGGCUACGGAAGAUGGUGCGUGCUCUCGUCUACGAAAACGGCGCACUUUGUGACGAGACGGCUCGCGCACAGCGUCUGGUACUUCAGGCCCAGGAGGAGCGCCGAUUUCUGCUGCAGAAACUGAUUCAGUUUGAGCAGCAGUGUGCGACACCAGCGCCCCAAGCGGCCGCCGCCGGAACUGGGGCUCGGUCAGCCACUCACACUAAUGCGUCCAUUGCUAGCGCGGCUAACACAGCAGCGGCAGUAGGCAGAAUGGCAUCAACACCCGUAGCCAAUGCAGUACUUCUGCCAGUACCAGCAGUCUCUCUUGCUGGGAUCCCCACCGCGCGAUCAGUGGCGCCUCUGGUGGCGACGCCUGGAACCAGCACUUCUCAUAUCACACCCCUGGUGGCGCCAGCGUCGGUUGGGCGGUCUGCCGCGCCUCUGAUGGCCAGUGUGGGUACCGUCCGCCCCCACACCACACCAGUUGCGGUGGCGGUGGCCAGAGGGUCUGCAGGGCGGACGCCGACUCCUCUACCUGUCGUAUCAGCUACGGUUGAUGGCCUACCAACACCUCUAGUUGUAAGCGCGGGGACUUCAAGAGCUGCAAUUCAACCAUCGGGGACCUCGCUACAGCAGUCGUCUUCCCAGACCGUGGGAGCUCUCCCCUCUCACUCUACCUCCCCUCAGUGGAGACCCGCUCCCGCUCUACCCAGCCCCCGCACCUCUACUCCCUCCGUCUCUCGUCGUGUCGCUCGAGGUCCACGCCGUCUCGUAUCUGCUCUGCCCCGAGACGCGUCUGGUGUAGUGGUGUUGCCUUUGCGUCUGGGAGGCCUCACUCUACAGAGCUUGGGCCGUGUGUUACCAGAUCGACCAGCCUACCACUCAACCACCGCCCUCUACCCUGUCGGAUUCGUGUCUCUACGACGUUUUAUCAGUGUGACUACGCCCCGCCGAACUGGGGUAUACCGAUGUGCCAUCGAAGACGGCGGCGCGCACCCCCGCUUUUCCAUCACGUCCAUCACUCAGACGUCUGAAGGAAAUGACAGCGCUGACCCAUCACCAGAGUCUUCCACAGUCUCUUCAGCACCUUCUUCCUCUUCCCAACCCGUGACAUUCCUUGGAAAAAGCGCAGACGAGUGUCACCGCCAACUUCUUCAGCGUCUAUCUGGGGCACUUGGACGUCCCCUGCCGGCCUCAUGCCGCGUGGUCGGAGAAGCGUUCUUCGGUCUGACCCACCCUUCCGUACAGCAGCUGCUACAGGCUUCAGCAGGGGCGGCCCAGUGCGGGAGGUAUAGGAGUGUGGCGUUUGAGGUGACUGAAGCGACUGUGGCGGUGCCUGGGGAGACUGAGCCGAGUGUAAACGGGUCGGCGCUGUGGGCUAGGCUGGUGGAGGGGGCCCAGUGAGGAUAGAGCGCGGUCACUGAGCAUAGAGGGGUCACUGGUCAGUGAGUAUAGAGGGGUCCAAUGAAAGACAGAGGGGCCCGAUGAAGGCCCAAUGCCGGAUAGAGGGCCCCAAUGGAGGAUAGAGGGGCCCAAUGAACGCAGUAGGUUAGCGGCCCAGUUGAGGGACCGUGCUGUGAGCCUGGCUAGUAGAGUUGGCCAGUGAAUAUAUGUAUGUAUGUUUGUAUGUAUGUAUGUAUCUAUGAAUGUAUGUAUAUAUAGACAUCACAAGACUUCCACAUACAGCGUGGCGAUUACGGCAUAUGGGGGCCCCCAGUGACCACAGAGGGCCCGCACUGUGAGCCCACCGAGGGCAGACCUGGGACUGAGCUAUGGGUCUUGCUGAGAGUGGGUCCAGUGAGGAAGGAGGUCAUAGAGGCCGAUGCGGUGGGGUCCAGCGACAAAGUGACCACGCUCCGGGCUCAGAGUUUAGGACUGAGCUGUGGAUUCAGCCGGCAAAGGUCCACUGGGGUCAGAGGGGAAUGAAGUGCCUCCGGUCGGUAAACUGAGGGGCGGGAGGGCGUGGAACGUUUUCAGGGAACGAUAUUGACUUAUGUGUAAGCCUGUCGACUGUGUUUUGAUCUCAUUGUAAAAUAGAGUGUGAACUUUCAUUUGUUGAUACGCUUGCUGACGUGGAGAAAGCUUCGCCCAAGGAAUAUGUCGAACAAAUACAGCUUUUAUUGA